AUGUCUUCAUCAGCCUCGACAAACAGCCACAAAAGGAAGCGAGGCGGUGGCAGUAUCGCCAGUCGUACCCAUUCGAGCACGGUCGAGCUCCAACAGCCUUCUUCCCACGACGCGUCCGGCGACGAUAUGACAGAGUCAAGCCCAGCAGCCAACACGCGGCAUCGGAAGCACGUCGCAGAGGACGAAGCUGCUAGCCUGCCGCCUAACAAGCGUGCAAGGACAAAGUCAACUGCGUCUACAAAGGCUUCUACGAAGUCUGCACCGGAUUCAGGCGAACCAGAUAGCUCGAAGGACAACAGUACAGAUGUCGAGAAAAAAUCUAAGCGGCGAAGCACCAAUACUGCCAGCGUCAAUGACCAGAGCGAGGGCAAUAGCGAUAGCUCGCGUGAAGAAGAGGAGCUGGAUGAUACAGAAAGAAAAAUGGACGCGCCUCCGAGAGCAGGGCAAAGAGAUCCAAUAGGAGGAUAUAAGACAAACCCUCCUCCAACCGGACGACCCGUGCGAAUCUACGCUGAUGGUGUAUUUGAUCUAUUCCAUCUGGGACACAUGCGCCAACUCCAACAAGCAAAGACCGCUUUCCCCGAAACCCAUCUUAUCGUUGGUGUGACUGGCGACACCGAGACUCACCGCCGAAAAGGUCUUACGGUGCUCACGGGCCAGGAACGGGCCGAAACAGUGCGACAUUGCAAAUGGGUGGACGAGGUCAUUCCCAAUUGUCCAUGGAUUGUGACCAAAGAAUUCCUCGCAGAACACAACAUCGACUACGUGGCCCACGACGAUGAGCCGUACGGGGCAACCGAGGGCGAUGACAUCUACGCUCCAAUCAAGAAGGAAGGGAAAUUCCUUGUGACAGAACGCACAGAAGGCGUGAGCACUACAGGCAUCAUAACCAAGAUUGUCAAGGACUAUGAAAAAUAUAUCAGUCGCCAGCUCAAGCGAGGCACGUCACGACAGGAACUCAACGUCAGCUGGCUCAAAAAGAACGAACUGGACAUCAAGCGUCAUGUUGGUGAGCUGAGAAACUCGAUCAAGCAGAACUGGACCAGCGCUGGUGGUGAAAUUGGCAGAGACCUGAAGCAGUUCUGGCAGAACGCUGGGAUUGUCAUGUCCAGGCCUGCUAGUCCAGCACCUAGUCUUCGAAAAGCAAUUAGUACUGCAAGUGGUGCAGGAGAUUCACUUGAUAUCAGUGGUGCGAAGAGCCCAACCACUUUGGAGCAUUUGAAACACCUGGAUAUCCCAAGGGCACAGAGUCCUGGUGGCAGCAGAUUGCGAAGCGAUGAAUUCGUGGCCGGGUACAGUCUCGGAUUGCUUGGCAGUGUAAGGUCAUGGAUGUCGCGAACUAGGAGAUCGUUACGAGACAGCCAGACCAGCCCCGAAGGUACUGACGACGAAGAUGUUAGAAGUCCUGCCUCGGAACAGGGAGACCCUGUCUCGCCGAGCACGAGCAGAGGACGAAAAGGCAAUAAGGGUGGUUCCAAUGGGGAUACGAUUCGUAUUGAGCGGGAUUCAGUGGACGCUAUGGACGUCAUGCAUUGA